AUGGCUGACGGUCCUUUGCGCUCUGGACGCCCACUUUCUUGACAACGCCAACUAAAAUCUUUUUCUCGUCCUUGGGUGGUCUGAUCUGGAUGAACACAAGGUGAAGAUCCGACCCAACCUGUCGUCUAGUUGCUGGAUUUUGACGAGAUUAGGGUAGCGGCUGUCGGCACAUAUUCUUUGGCUGGUAAUCUGAUUCAUAUACAGCAAUCAAUGGCAUAAAGGCCUCCUCCCUUGAUGUAACUUCAGCUUGCUUUUAUUGUUGGGCAGUCAAAUGUUGACAGUCACUAUUGCAGAUGAUGCAGUAAUCUCAGCUUUCAGCCUUUUAGGCACUUGUGGUGCUACUCCAGAAGAGGUAUCAAGACGCCAGCCACUUGUUCUUGGGAUGCUUGUCAAUUGUCCAGUUGAAGUUCCUCUUGCUUUGAACCAACAAAAGAGUGACUAUUGCCUCUGUCUAGCUAUUCAUGCACUUCAGACAGGAAUUCUUGAGGUAUGCUUAAAACGUUAAGAUAUGUUGGAGAAAGAAGUCUAAGAUUGACAUCAGUUCUCUUAAAUAUAAUAUGAAAAUCUGUCACCCAUUGGAUUUAUUGACUGAGUUUUAGUGUGGAAAUGGGGGGCUCUACUGAUAUACCUACUGAGUCCUUUUAUAGAUUACUAUUACUAGUUCUUGUAUAAACCUGCUGUCUCUCCAUAAUGCUGCAUCUUCUUAGGCCAACACGCACAAUCUAUUUCCCCUAUGAGGGAAUGCUCUGAAGAUUUUGUUUCGAUAUUGUAAAUAAACAUGAUUGAUUUUU